GGCUUCCGCUGAGCGUUCCCUCCCCUGCAACCCGAAGCCUGGACGCCCCGAGCCCGCCACCUCCCAGCCCCCCGCCUCCCCCGGGGCGCGAUGGACCCCGCGCUGGCGGCGCAGAUGAGCGAGGCGGUGGCCGAGAAGAUGUUCCGGUACCGGCGAGACGAGUCGGGCUGGAAGACUUGCCGGGAAGGCAACGGAGUGACAGUCUCCUGGAGGCCGUCCACGGAGUUCCCGGGGAACCUGUACCGAGGCGAAGGCGUGGUGGACGCGGCCCCGCGGGACGUGUGGGCCUGUGUGAAGCCGUGUCCCGGGAGCCUGCGGGAGGCCUGGGACGAGAACGUGAGCAGCUUUGAGGUCAUCGAGAGCAUCAGCGACACGCUGUGCGUGACCCGGACCGCCACGCCCUCGGCCGUCAUGAAGCUCAUCUCCCCGCGGGACUUCGUGGACCUGGCGCUGGCCACGGUGCAGGAGGACGGGACCCUGGUCUCCUCCGCUGCCAACCUGGAGCACCCGCUGUGCCCCCCCCGGCCGGGCUUCGUGAGGGGACUGAACCACCCCUGUGGCUGCUUCUGCGAACCCGUGCCAGGGGAGCCGGGCCGGACCCGGCUGGUCACCUUCUUCCAGACGGACCUGGGCGGGCUGCUCCCGCAGCGCGUGGUGGACGGCUUCUUCCCCCGCAGCAUGGCCGGCUUCUACGCCAACCUGCGCCGCGCCGUGAGGCUGGAGCCGGCGCCGGCAGAGGGCACAGAGGACCCGGGGCCCAUCCAGUGACAAGACGCACCGACCGGGUGGUCCUCUGGGGGGCGCCCGCCUGGAGCCCAGCACCGGUGGGGAGAGGCUCCUCGGGGUCCCCUGGCGCCCCGAGACCCGCCCUCCCAGCCCCU